AUGGAGAAGAAAGCGAAGACCGAUUGUUGCUACCUUCCGUUUGAACUAAUCACUGAGAUACUCUCAUGGCUACCCGCUAAGUCUCUGCUGCGAUCUGCAUGUGUCUCUUCAUCGUGGUAUAUGCUUACCAAAGAUCCAAAGUUCAUGAAGUUGCAUCGCAGUCGAUCCCUCAAAGCAAACCUGGAAACGCAUUUCCUCUUCGAGUGCUGGAAAUCCAAAGUCUACUCUUUUAGAGCUACAUCGCAGCAUCCCUAUUACCAUGCUUCGGAACUUGCUUAUCCGAAAGACAUCAUAAAGCCUCGCACCAUGGGAGGUGUUUUAGGCUCAUGCAAUGGCCUAGUUUGUUUUCAUUCAAUAACAUUACAACCCUUUUACAAAUCUGCUUACAACAAUAAUCUAGGCCUGUUUCUCUACAACCCUGCGACUCGAGCCACUAGAUUGAUACCACCACUCAAUUCCCCGAUGAAUAAUUUAUUGAAACGUGAAGUUGCAUUCGGUUAUGACAGUGUAUCCGAUGAUUAUAAGGUUUUAGCCAUUUGUAUGGAGAGGAAUGAUCGAAAUGUCGAAAAAGCUCUACUAUACAGUUUGAAAACGGAUGCCUGGGUGAACAUACCGAGCCCGCCAUGGCAGUUGAAUCAAUUUUGUAUGAGCCCCCGACCUGCUAUCUUGGCUGACAACUCCUUCCAUUGGAUGAAUCCUUUGUUGUUUACAGGAAUAAGGUGUUUCGAUCUUUUCACUCAAAGGUAUUACCAGAUACCCCAUCCGGUAAAGAGAGAGAUAAACUAUACCAACUGUGAAGAUGACUCAGAAUUGACCAUUUUAGAAGGACAGUUGUGUAUCGUAACAUAUACUUUGGAGAUAUGGGUAUUAAACAAGAAGAAGAUAUCUUGGACUCGAAUUUUUCAUCAUCUCUCGGGGCAAUUGAAACAUGUUGAUUUUCAUCAUGCUAAAAUAUAUAAUUUGGGUUUCCGAGAUGAACGACGCAGUAUCAUAUUAGCAAUAGCUGACCGUACAAGAGCUCUACAAAAGGUUUUCAUCUGCUGUGAUCUACAAUCCAAACAAGCUAGGGAGAUCGAAGCCACAAAUUUACCAGAUGGUACCGAAAGGAUCAUUUCCUUUCAUCCUUGGGUCGAUUCGCUUGUCCCGUUCCUUCUGAAAGAACUUGUAGUGGAAUACUGGAAUAUGAUUGAGAAUGAAGGCUUGUUCAACUUACUUCGUCACCAGAUGGCAAAGAUGUAUAAUAUUUCACUAUUAGGGGAGCAUGUUGGUGCAAAAAAGAGUACAGCUGACAGUGACUAUGUGGAAGAUUAUAUAUGGAUUACAGAAAGUCAGAUUACAUUGUCAAAAUAUAAUGAUGCCGAACAAAAGAAGCAGACUCUCAACAUUUUGGAAUUUGUGAGGAUAUACGCCCUGUGUGUGCUAAGGAAGCUAUGGUGUACUGUACAUGGAGAUGCAGGAAUGAAGCUGUCUGAACUCCUAAUGCAGAGAAUUUACAGACCCAAUAAGCUCUGUGAUGAAGUUCAUUUGAGAUUCAAGUGUUCGAUGUAG